UAUUAUUAAUUAGAGUAAUUUAUACCUGCCCUAGGGUUUCUCCGCUCUCCGCAUCAAAUUGCCGUUUCUUCUCUUCCGCAGAAGAGAGAAGACACACUUGAAUCUUCCAUCUUCCCCGAUCGAUAAUUUUAUUUUUGUGUUUGGGUUUCGCAAUGAAGAAGCGAUCCAGAGAGCUGAAACCUAAACCCGAAACUCUGAUCCUCGACGCCGUCGCUCCCGGCCCCGCCCUCAUCAAGCACUUGGCUUCCUGCAGCGCCCCCGUCCGUUCCAAAGCUCUGCGGUUGCUCGAGGGAUGGCUGCUGACGCAAUCCGAUGUCUCCGACGACGACAUGAAGAAGUUCUGGAAGGGACUCUUCUAUUGCCUCUGGCAUUCCGACAAGGCCCCCGCUCAAGGCCAUCUCAUCUCCCGCGCAGCUUCGCUCGUACUCAAUCUCCAACUCUCUCUCGCUUUACAUUAUUUUUCUGUCUUUCUCGUUACAUUGAAACGCGAGUGGAAUGGGAUUGACCGCUUGAGGCUUGAUAAGUUCUACUUGCUUGUUAGGAAUUUUAUUCGCGCGAUUUUCGAUUUGUGCAAUAAAUAUAGCUGGGAUUUAGAGCUUCUAGGUAGAGUUGUUGACACCUUUAUUAAUAAUGCGUUUUUAGCUGAGGAUAAGUUGCUGGGGAAUGGAGUGUGUUAUCACAUUGCUUCGGUUUGGUUGGAUGAGUUGAAUGGUUGUUCUGUUCCUGUUGAACAGGAGGUGGUUGGACUAUUGUUUAAGCCAUUGUUUGAAGUAAUGGGGAAAUGCGAGGACAGGGUGAUGGUGGGGAAAGUGAAGAGCUGUGUGUUUGAUGAGUUGUUGAAUAUGGGGAAGAGUUUAUUGGAGAGGAAGAGGAAAGGGAUUGAAGGCAAGGAGAGCUAUGCAGAGGUGGCUCUUGGGUUGAUUGCAAUGAAAAUGGGGUUUUCAAAAUUGCUUUUUGAGGUUGGAUCAUCUGUGGAAUGUGUUCAGGGAAAUAGGAAAGUGCUUUUCAAGUUGCACGAUGAGUUUUUGAAAUUGGAGAAGGAUUUUGAAACAUCGGGUGUUGACAUUGUGCUUCCUGAGGUUACUGUUGAAGAUGAGGAGAUGCCUGAAUUGGUACCAAUUGAGAAUGGCAAGACUGAAGAGGAUGCAGCAGAAAGCUAUGAUGAUAUUCAGGAUGAUGAGGGACAUACUGAUGAGGCUUUGAGAAAGUGCAAGAAGGCUAAGACAAUGCAGGAUGGAAGCAAUAAAAAGGGUAAAAAGAAGGAGAAGAAAAAAGGGGUCUCUCAAGAUGAUUCUGCAAAUGAGAAUUGUGUGCCAAAUGGGGAAGUUGCACCUAAAGAGUUGGAAAAUUCAAAACGAGGGAAGAAGAAAAAGAAGAGUGAGCCUUCUGAAAAUGGAUCUGCAGUUGAGAACAUCCUAAAAGAUGAGGUUGAGAAUAUGACUGGUCCAGACAGUGAGAGCAAUGUGACUUUCAAUGAGUCUGUUAUUUCGAAUCUUCAGAUGCAGUUUGAGAAAGUUGCUGCUGAAGUCGAUUCAGGUAGCGAUGAUGAUGGGGAUGACACUCCUGUCAUUUCCAUGAAAAAGAAAAGGAAGAGAGCUAAAAGUGCCUCAUGUAUUCCUGACAUAGAUAAUGCAGGAGAUUCUGCAGUUAGUGCUACAAAGAGUGCAGAUAAGAGCUCUAAGAAAGUUAGGUUUGCAAUGAAGAAUAACUUGGUGUGGAAACCGCACAGUCCAAUGCCUCCACAAAGCUUGCGAUUGCCACCCUCUCUUACUCCCCGGGGCAGUGCUCUCAAGAAGGGUGUGCCUCCAGGUCCAAUAAGAGAGAUGCCUCCUGCGACAAAGAGGAUGAAACAGAAAAAGAAAGGCCGCAAGAUACUGAGGACUAUCUCUCCUGCAGUGAAGAGAGUGAAAAAACUCAAAGCUUCAUCACCAUAGGUGAAAUUGAGGUGGUUGGAAAAUCACGGGUUUAGGCACUAUGUUGUAUUCACCCACCUUUCAAGAGUUAAUUGUUUUGUCCGUGUCAUUUAAGAUACACUUUCCUGGAUCAGAAGUUCAUUUUGAACAUCCUUUGGUUGGUUGUUUGUUGCAUUUGAAACAAAUUAUAUUCUGAGGAGAGUUGAGUUUGAAUACCAAAUUAUUUAAAGAAUCAUUAAGCAAUUCUUUCAUUAA